UUCCAAGAAAAAACUAAUUACGAACCGUUCCGGAUCUGUCUCCGCCAUGAAACCACAACGGCAGAAGAACGUCUCGAAGUCUGAUCCAACCGUUUCCCGGCCUGUUACCCGAUCGAUGACAAGAGUUCACCGAACCUCUUUACCGAUUCCCGAUGAACUCGUCCUCGAAAUAUUCUCGAGGUUGCCUUUAAAGUCCAUAGCGAGAUGCCGCUGCGUGUCCAAGCUCUGGUCCUCCAUGCUCCGCAGCCGAGACUUCACGGACUCCUUCUUGACCAAAUCUCGCGCUCGCCCUCAGCUUCUUUUCGCAUGCGAAGAUCACAGCGUCGGUAAGUACAUCUUCUUCUCGUCGCCUCAGCCUGAAAACCCCGGAGACAACUCGCGUUUCGACCCCGUUUCGAAUAAACACAAGGUGUUGUCGAUGAAGAGCACGGGUGGUGAACAGAUCUUUGUGCAUCAAGUUCUGACGUUAGGAACCGAUGAUAAUAAUUUGUCGUCGUCGUCGUGGAGGUUGGUCCAGUGUUGCGUACCGCAUUGUUCUUCUCGUAAGUGGAUUUGCAUCGGGGGUGUUGUAUACUACGUAGCUCUAGUCAACAGCUCGCCCUUCAAUUCCAUGUUAGUUUGUUUUGAUUUGAGGUCUGAGAAGUUCAGCUGCUUUGUGAAUUUCUUUGAAAAUUCGAGUCGAGCGAGGCAUGCAUCAACGGCUCUGGUGAAUUACGAUGGCAGACUAGGUUUGGUUAUGUCGGAAGAUUCCAGUAAUGUUACUCAAGCGAGUAAAAGCUUUGAUCUGUGGGUUUUACAAGGUUUUGAAUGGUCCAAGCAUGUAUACGUGUUACCACCUACGUGGAAGGAUGUGGUUACGGAGACCAUGUGCAUUGCUGGAAUGGUUGGUACAGAUGAAAUCGUCUUGUCCCCGCGCUUCCAAUUCGUGCCUUCCUAUGUGAUCUACUACAAUGUGGAGAGCAAGAAGAUCAGAAAAGUUGGAAUCCAAGGAAUGGAUGCUUUUCAGGGUAAAAGAUUCUACACCUAACUCAACUAUGUUGAGAAUGUGAAGCUUCUUUAAGCAUUCCAAGUGUAGUUUUCAUUUUGUUUGUUUCUUUUUCUCUAGGGUCUUAGUUUGAACAACCCAUCUCUUGUAGAAUAUUAGACAAGGGGGACUGUAGAAAAUCUUUUUUGUUACAACCUCUGUAACUAGUAAAUAUACUAAUCCAAGGGGAUGUUUUAAGAAUGUGAUCUUUCAGUGCUGUGAUAGAUAGAAUAAGAGUUUCUAGAUCCAUCAAAUGAGUUGAAAUGUAGCUUAAGGUCACUUGACCUCGCCAGAAAAUGAUGUUUGCCAAUCCCUUGUAAAUGAUCUAAUUUUGUGCCAUUUUUUGGAUUGUACCGAGUAGAACCUGAG